AUGUCCCGCAUCAACCAGCAGUGCAACCCACCGUUAUUCAGCCAGUUGUGGUGCAGCAACAGCCCUUACAAGCACCUGCGGAUGAGAUUGAUGCCCUUAGAGCCAGAAUUGCUGAACUGGAGCACGGGGAGGCUCACAGCAACCAUCUACUGGCCAGAGCACCCGCGCCUCAACAAGCCAUGGUCGCAGAUCCCACCACAGUGGAUCACAUUCGAGCAAAUCUCAAUGGCGCCAAGGAAGAGUCAAAGCGACCAUCGCUACCGGCUCUUUGUCCAGGACAUAAACACACUGUUCUGGUACCGCCUCGGUGCACCAAGCCAACUCGUGGCCUUUACCACUACCAUACCAAACUACCACCUAAAGGGGGGUUCAAUACCUGCCAAAGUGGAAGAGGCCUUCAAACAUUACUGUUAUGUGCCAUAUAUGGCAUUAACGCAUGCAGCUCGCUCUAAAGCAUUCCUACGAGGAGAAGACUCGUCUUUCAUUUUCACUCAGGAUGGUUUAAUGGCCAAGGGUCUUGACCGCUUGAAUGAGCUCUCCAUUGUAACAGUGGACUGGAUUGCAGCGGCCAAAGCUGCUGAAGAAAGGACAGCGCAUCAUUGGGGUGAAGAGCGCACCGCUGCUCUAAUUUCGCACCACCUUGUAGCCCUCGAUAUUGGAUGGACUCAUGGUUGGUCAGUGGCGAUGCAUUACGACGUGCAGCAGAGGGAGCUAGCACAUGGCAACCACAAGCACAAUCUCGCCGGACUCGAUGUAGCUGCUCUCACUCUAGCAAAUAAUAAAAUCUCCGCUGUUGUAUCACAACCUGCUCCUAUCUCACCCAACAAGCGUGCUGCUCCAAAUGAGUUUCCAUCAUCGCCUCGUAAGAAAUCGCAUACCUUUGCCUUGAGCCAUUGCUUUCGCUGUGGAGCAUCCGGCCAUCUGCCUGCCGACUGCUCAGCGGACACUACUUCAGCAGGAAAGCCAGUUGCAGCUAUGGCAUCCAAUGCUCGAAGCAAGCACACCCUCGCUAAUGCAUCCAAAAAACACUACUGUUUUAAUUGGGCCAACAGCUCCAAUUGCUCCUUCAAUUCCAAUUGUAGAAACGUCCACGCAUGCAGUCUCUGCGGUGAUUCAUCCCAUGGAGCCGGCAAUUGCAAAGUCUGA